AGCCUUUGCAAAUUGACCUCGAGCUCACUCGGAUACAGUUGUGGCCCACCAUUGGCGGAUGCAGUGCGACUUGAGUCUCACAUGAAGCUAAGCCAGUUUGAGAGACGCCAUGGAAUGCUUAAAGCUCUCGUGAUCGCAUGCCUUUCCCAAGGGGUCCAAAACUUGAGCUAG